AUGUCGAAUCCUGCUGAAAGACGCCUAUCUAGUACCUCCACCUUAUAUCAAGGUGAUGCUCAUUCCAGCUAUACUGAAGUCGGGGAACCUCCGCACCGUAUGGACACGUGCAACGUUGUCAUCUGCGGAGAAGCCGGGGCUGGUAAAAGUUCCUUGGUAAAUUUGAUUGCUGGGGCGGACAUUGCAGUGACGUCUUUCGAUGCUGGGGGAUGUACAAGCGGAAUCAAUGUGUACGACAAUAUCUUGAUUCAAAACGAGACGUUGAAGGUAAAGUUUUUCGAUACGGCCGGUCUUGGCGAAGGCCCUGAAGGUAUAGUCCCAGACGAGAAAGCUCGAAGAAUGUUGAAGAAACUCAUUCGAACUCUGACGGAGCAAGGUGGCAUUCAUCUCGUCAUGUACUGUGUGCGGGGCGAGAGAGUAAUUCGGACACUCCGCCGGAAUUAUGAAUUAAUCCGCUCCCAAGUCAAGAGGAAAGUUCCAAUUGUCCUUGUCGUCACAUGUUUGGAAUCCUAUCAACCGGAGAUGGAAGACUGGUGGAGGGUUAAUGAGCGAACCAUCUCAAACCUGGGGAUGACCUUUGCUGGCCACGCAUGUAUCACCACAGCUACAAUGAUCAGAUCUCGCAUGGAACGGCGCGCCCAGUCAUACGAGGCUGUCUGCAAGCUCAUUGGACAGUGUCGUGUCCCUUCUAAGAUGGUUGCAAGGAAGAAGUAUACAAAUAUCGUCCUCUUUGGGCAGGCAGGGGCAGGAAAAAGCUCACUCGUCAAUCUCAUGGCGGGAAAAGACGUAGUGGCAAACACAUUCAACGACCUGGAAUCUUGCACAUUGCGCUGGAAAGAAUAUCCCAUUGAAUUCGAUGGCGAGUCUUAUAAGGUGUUCGAGACCGUUGGACUCGAAGAACCACAGCUAGGGAUUCCACAAUAUCUCGAUGCCAUCGAGAAUGCCUAUACUCUCAUUCAGCAUUUAGAGAGACAAGGCGGGAUUGAUCUACUUCUGUUCUGCAUGCGCGCAGGCAGACUCACUUCUACCCUUCAAAGCAAUUACCGCCUCUUUUACGAGUUCCUCUGUGACAAGAAGGUUCCCAUCGUGUUAGCAAUCACAAACCUCGAAACCGAGCGCAGGAUGGAGGACUGGUGGGAGUAUGGACAUCACGCACUCAACCGAUGUGAGAUCCAAGUUGCUGGUCAUGCAUGUAUCACCACCAUCACCGGAUAUAACGACUGCUACCAAAGCAAAUACCAAGAUUCACGCACAGCGAUCCGCAACCUUAUCAAGGAGUUCACUGCUGACGGGCAGAGGCAAGCAUCGUGGAUGGGAGGAUAUCAGCUCGUGUUGUUCGUACGUAAGCUAAGGGAGCUACUUGUGGGGAAUGGGAAGUUGCUUGCGAGGAAGGAUUUGGUCCCUCGCCUCAUCAAGCGUUGCGGUAUGUCCCCGGAUGUCGCAAAACAGUUGGCUGAUAGGAUCAAGAAUGACGUGGUAUGA